AUGAAGCAACAGUGGAGAGGAAAAUCAAAACCCACUCCUUUAAGAAAGAUUCCACCUUCUCUGUUAUAAGCAAGCGCCUCAUGCUAAUUGUGGAGUCUCUACUAAGUCACACACUUUACUACUCAGCAUUGGGAGACGCUGCUGCCGCGGCUGCUGGCUGCUGCCGCCGCUGCCACCGCGGGUCUGAGGCUGCAGCGGGUUUCUGUGCAGCACUGCAGAACCCACACCUAGAAGACACACGUCUACAACCCUGGACACAAGGAAGCGUUGGAUCCUCAGCGGGUGGACUCCUCCUCUCCCAUUUUUUCCCCGUGUAGCAGUUAUAACUUUACUUGACGUUGUCUUGAUCUUUAAAUCCAGAUAAGGGGACUCAGCAGGCUUGAAGCAUGAGUUCAGAUGCCAGCCAAGGAGUGAUCACCACACCCCCUCCUCCCAGCAUGCCUCACAAAGAGAGGUAUUUUGACCGCAUCAAUGAAAAUGACCCAGAAUACAUCAGGGAGAGGAACAUGUCUCCUGACCUGCGACAAGACUUCAACAUGAUGGAGCAGAGGAAACGAGUUACUCAGAUCUUGCAAAGUCCUGCCUUUCGGGAGGACCUGGAAAGCCUUAUUCAAGAACAAAUGAAGAAAGGCCACAACCCAACUGGAUUACUAGCAUUACAACAGAUUGCAGAUUACAUCAUGGCCAAUUCUUUUUCGGGCUUCACUUCACCUCCUCUCAGUCUCGGCAUGGUGACACCUAUCAAUGACCUUCCUGGAGCAGAUACAUCCUCCUACGUGAAGGGAGAAAAACUUACUCGUUGUAAACUCGCCAGCCUGUACAGACUUGCAGACUUGUUUGGAUGGGCACACCUGGCAAAUACCUAUAUCUCAGUAAGAAUAAGUAAGGAGCAAGACCACAUUAUUAUAAUUCCCAGAGGCCUGUCUUUUUCUGAAGCCACAGCCUCCAAUUUGGUGAAAGUCAAUAUAAUAGGAGAAGUGGUUGAUCAGGGAAGCACUAACUUGAAAAUUGACCAUACAGGAUUCAGUCCCCACGCUGCAAUCUAUUCAACACGCCCUGAUGUGAAGUGUGUGAUACACAUCCAUACCCUUGCAACAGCAGCUGUAUCUUCCAUGAAGUGUGGGAUCCUUCCAAUUUCUCAAGAGUCCCUGAUCCUGGGAGAUGUUGCCUAUUAUGACUAUCAAGGGUCGCUUGAUGAACAGGAGGAGAGAAUUCAACUGCAGAAAGUUCUGGGGCCAAGUUGUAAGGUGCUGGUACUUAGAAAUCAUGGUGUCGUAGCCCUUGGAGAAACGGUUGAAGAGGCUUUUCAUUAUAUUUUUAGUGUGCAGAUAGCCUGUGAGAUUCAGGUGCAGGCACUCGCUGGGGCAGGCGGAGUGGACAAUCUACUGGUACUGGAUCUGCAGAAGUACAAAGCUUUCACUUACUCUGUCGCAGCGUCUGGAGGAGGAGGAGUGAAUAUGGGUUCCCAUCAAAAAUGGAAGGUUGGCGAGAUUGAGUUUGAAGGGCUGAUGAGGACGCUGGACAAUUUGGGGUAUAGAACAGGCUAUGCGUACAGGCAUCCUCUCAUUCGAGAGAAGCCCAGGCACAAGAGUGACGUGGAAAUCCCAGCAACUGUGACUGCUUUUUCCUUUGAAGACGAUACAGUGCCACUCUCGCCUCUCAAAUACAUGGCACAGAGACAGCAGCGGGAGAAAACAAGAUGGCUGAACUCGCCAAAUACUUACAUGAAAGUGAAUGUGCCAGAGGAGUCUCGGAAUGGAGAGACCAGUCCCAGGACCAAAAUCACAUGGAUGAAAGCGGAGGACUCUUCUAAAGUUAGUAGUGGAACACCUAUCAAAAUUGAAGAUCCAAAUCAGUUUGUUCCUUUAAACACAAACCCGAAUGAGGUACUAGAAAAGAGAAAUAAGAUUCGAGAACAAAACCGAUACGACUUGAAAACAGCAGGACCGCAGUCUCAGUUGCUUGCUGGAAUUGUUGUGGACAAGCCUCCUUCUACCAUGCAAUUUGAAGAUGACGAACUUGCCCCAUCAGCCCCUCCCAACCCCUUUAGCCAUCUCACAGAAGGAGAACUUGAAGAGUAUAAGAAGACAAUCGAGCGUAAACAGCAAGGCCUGGAAGAUGCUGAGCAGGAAUUACUCUCAGAUGACGCUUCAUCUGUUUCACAAAUUCAGUCUCAAACUCAGUCACCGCAAAAUAGCCCUGAAAAAUUAGAAGAAAACCACGAGCUGUUCUCCAAGAGCUUCAUCUCCAUGGAGGUGCCUGUCAUGGUGGUGAACGGCAAGGACGACAUGCACGACGUGGAAGACGAGCUUGCUAAGCGGGUGAGCAGGCUAACCACAAGCACGACCAUAGAAAACGUCGAGAUUACCAUUAAGUCCCCAGAGAAAAUUGAAGAAGUCCUGUCACCUGAAGGCUCACCUUCAAAAUCACCAUCCAAGAAAAAGAAGAAAUUUCGCACUCCUUCUUUUCUGAAAAAGAACAAAAAAAAGGAGAAGGUCGAAGCCUAAAUAAAGUCUUUUUAUAAUUAUUAUUAUUACAGUAUGACAUUGCACAUUUAAAUACCACAUUUAAGUUGAUCGAUAAUAUGCAGUGGUAGAUCAGAUUGGGGGUAUGUAGCAAACUGGACUUUAAGAACUGGAAAGGGGUUUUACUAAAAGAAAAACAUAUUAUGAAAAAAACUCUCAAAUUCAUCUCUCAUUUUAUAUGUCAAAAAAAAAGGUUUUGAAUUUUUAAACAAUUGCAGGUUUUAAUUAGCUCUGCCCUCAUGAAGUAUUAUAAUUCACCGCAAACAGAUAUCUGUCUGAAUUACUUCAGGCCUUCUCUAUAAUAUCUGUUGGAAAGAAAUUACCAGUGAACACGGGAGAGAAUUUUUAUUUCUCAACACCUGCUUCACUUGGUAAUCAGAUUAUAAUUUUUUAUCCUUGGUUAUCAACUGUACCUUCUUGGUCCCCAUUGUUUCAAUGGGCAUUAACAGGAUGCUUUAAAAGCUUCUAAGAUAAGAAUCUAUAGCAUUAGUAUACACUGGCACAUAAUUUUUUAAAAAAAUAUAUAAGAAAAGAUUCAUUUGGAAUUUUAUUCAUAGUAUAAAAUUUCCUCACCGGAAGUAACUUUGUUUGCCAAAAAAAGUCAUUUUAGUAAACUAUAAUUUUUGAAAACUUCCUUUUUUAUUAGUUUAGAAAGCCCCUUAUUUUUCAACGAAGGGGAUUUUGUAUACAUAACAUGAGUUAUUUAGUUUAACUCGGGCAAAAACAAUUUUUGUAUGUUGAGGUGUUUGUAUACCAUUCAGUAUAAAAGUGUCAUAAGCAUAUUAGCCAAUCACUUAACAAUAGAGCAGAUUUGAGGCUGCUUGGUACUAAGCAUACUUCAAUAUAAUUAAAGAAUCCAGGGACUUGGUAUCAAAAGGGGAUUAGAGCAUUCAAAGGUAUAACUAGAUUCAUAUUUGAACAUUAUAAUGUAUUUUUCUCUUAGUAUUGCUAAUGAAUGAAAACGCUCUCACAUGGCAACCGAAGGAGAAAGAAAGUGUAAAGGGAAGGGAACAAAAGAGGUGUCACAAAAAUAAGAAUUCUAGUUUGAUAAUCACUCCUAGUCAUGAUAGGAUUUGAAAUGUAAAUUAUUUGAAACAUGUCCCAAAUUUACUAAAAUUCUGCUUCUCUGCCAAAAAUCAUUGUAUUUCUUGGUUGAUAUUUCAGUUUUAAAAGGGUCAAAUCUCUUAAGUGAUCUAUCUUUAGAAGGCAGUACUAGAAGAAAUUGGUAGGUCUAAUCCCCCACAGUAAGAAAACUACCACUUCUUGAUUUUUACAAAAUUUUCUUAUCUUUUCAGUUAACUUUCUAAUGUAAAUACAAAUUUAAACCUAGGCUUAAUAUAGUUUUUUCCCCCUUCACCUAAGUGAUGUCACAAAUCGAUGUAAAAUCAAUGAUCCAAAAUGGUCAGUGGGUAAAAAUAAUCCAAAGUGUUUCUGGAGGGUGAGCUGGCGUGUCAAGCAUUACAUUGAUUACAGUGUGUUCUGAGCUGGUUCUGUUUGACUAGACCGUGUAUGAUGAUGCGAAGUUGAAACAGAGCCAGAAAUUUCAUUCUAGAUCUCACUAACUACUGGAAUCUGUUUUAAUCUCUUAGUGAAAACUUUCAGUUGCUUAAUUCUGUAUUUGAGGAUUUUUUUUAUGUUCUACAUCAUUUAUGUUGUAUUACAUCGUAUGUAGAAACAGUAACCUGUGAACUGUGCUUUUCCAUAACUUUUUAAAAAUAUAUAUAUCUUAAAUGAAUGCAGUGUGCAUAAAUAUUUUUUAAACUACAACAGUGAACUAUUUGCACCUUUUGCUAAUGCCUCUAUUUACUUGCUUUGGCAUAAAGAAUGAGCCAAUGAACUUCUGUGUCCUGUGGAAAAUGUAUAAAUGUUAUCUGAUAUUGCUCUUAGAUGUAAUGCUAAUUAAUGUUAAAUCACAAAUAAACAGUAUUUUAAAUAGA